AUGCUGCUGACCAUUGAAGCUCUUCUUCUCAUUUUAGCUGCUCUAGGACAGGAUCGCACAGCUGCUGUUGAAGGACAGAUAUUUCCAUUGGAUAUGGCACUGAAUUCAGUUGAUGAUCAGUAUGAGGGCUGUAGAGAGAAAAUGGCAAACCUGGUAGAGACAGAAUAUCUAAAUAAGGAAAUAUCUAACCAACCUGAUUUUAAAAAAGCUUGGCAAGAUGGUGAAAGGAAUGCCAGAACACCAGAAGAUAACUUGACAAGAAAUCAUGUAUUUGCCAUUUAUGUGUACACCAACUCAGAUAUUAAUGUUUAUCGUGAUUUCAAUAGCGCUGGUCGUAAUGGUAAACAAAAAUAUGAUGACAAGACAUUCACAUGGUAUUCACUGUACUUUCUGUUAACAGAAGCUAUACAGAUUUUGAACAAAACACAAGAGAAAUGCUAUGCAACUUAUCGUGGUACAAAUGUUAGAUUUAAUAAGUAUGUUCUGAACACAGAGGUUCGUUUUGGUUCAUUCACAUCCUCCUCUCUCGAUCGUACAGUUGCACAGGGUUUUGGAACUAAAUCUUGUUUUGAAAUCUACACUUGUGAAGGUGCUGAUCUGAAAAAAUACCCAAAGUUUCCUGAUGAGAAAGAGGUACUCAUUCCUCCAUAUGAGACCUUUAAAGUCACUGCUGUCAGGACAAGAAAAGAUGAGCCUGACCUCUGGUGUGAGACUGUGUUCAUGUUGAAAAGUUCUGGCAAAAGAAGUGACCUGAAUUGUGCUCUAUUCAAGAAUCCAACCAAGACCUUAGAAAAUACUUCAAAAUGUAUGUUGAGUCAUUUGAAUUCACUUUAUUACAGGAGUUCUAUACAAAUCGAUUGCUUAAUUACCUACACAUAA